AUGACGGAGGAACCAUCUGCCAAGCGUCCCCAUGGUGAGACGUCCGACCAGAGCAGCGAGGUCGACGAUGUUCAGGUCCCCGGUCAGAAGCACAACAAAAGGUACCUCAAGGAGGUUGACAUCCACGGCAAGGAGAAGCUUGAUGUCAUAUGCACCAGCAAUCCAGACGAAGCCGACAAGAUGAUCAGAAGGAUCAUGAAGAGGGUCUGCGGCUUGUACCCUCAACACAUCAGCGUUAAUGUCGAGUACACCAGGGAAGACAAACCUCCGCAGAGGGCAGCGAUUCUGCAGUUAUGCAUGGAGGAACUCUGUCUGGUAUACCACAUCACCGCGACAACAAGAUGGCCCAAGAGCCUGCGCCCGUUCCUGAAGGAGGACAGGUUCUACACCUUUGCCAGCUUCGGUAUUGAAGGUGACUAA